AAGUCCCUCCUGCAGUGUCCCCUGUAAUGUCCUCCGGCGGAUGCCGGCAUCUGUCUUCUGGGUUCCUUCCCCUGCGAGCAUCGGGAAGUAUGGGUACGGAACAGCGGGAAAUUUGAAAAUGACAAAAAAUCACAUAGUAAAACAUUACUGUACUAAACCAUUUCACAUACAUAUUGUCCCUAGUGCUUUGUCCUGUGCCCUGCCUACAUUUUACUGUUCUUUCUGCCUGGAAACUGAGAAAAGUCUAUGGCGUCCAAAAUGCAUCCCUUUAGGUCAAAAGCGGUUUUAGACUGGCUAGAGAACAGCGAUAGUAAAUUAGAACCACUUGCAGAUUUGA